UAACAGGACAAGCGACUUCUGCCUUGCUGGGCCCCGUUUCUUCACCUGUAAACUGAAGGGUUCCCUCCGAGUCCAGCCUCACCGUUUUACAGGUGAGAAAGCUGUGCCCCAGAGGUACUGACUGGCACAAAGAGCUCUCGGGUCUUCCCUCCUACUGGAACCGUGCUUGACUCCAAAGAGCACAGAGGCUGCUAGGGCCUGGAGCAGGCGCCUGGCUGGCAAACCCUCAUCCCAGGAGUCCCCGUGGCGCAGACGGUAAAAGUUUUGUAACCUGAGCGUUGAGGCCACCUGACCUGGCUGCGGCCGGUGUUAGAUCCCGAAGGCUGAAGUCACGUUCUGUCCCGAAGGGUCAACUGGGGCGCCCCCACUGCGGACUCCGCCUUUGGGGACAAGCCCUCUCGCUCUCCUGCCCUUCGGGCCCUUGGGAGGUGGAGGUGCUGACCCCAGGUCUCCCCGCCCUUCUGCGUACCUCAGGCCCUCGGGCACAGCUCCUGCUCAGGGGAAACCCCAGGCCCCAGUUUCCCAGCUCUGACCUCCCACUAGGCCGACGGCCGCGCAGGCGCUCUCAGCUGGGAUCUGUUAUUCCCGGUGCCUGGAGACGGAGUCACGUGCGCGCAGAGCCCCGCCCCUCGCCGCGAACUCCUCGGGGAGGCGCGCGCAGGCGCCGUGCACCAGCGACCCCGGGCGGCCGAGGGUCGGGGUGCGGUCAGUCCUGGCGUCACUUGACCCAGUGUCCGUUCAGCUCUGCAGUUCGGUCCAGCCCUGCCCUUGGGGAACAGGGGAGGGGCGGGAGAGUCUUUCUGGGGCAUCAUCAAAGAAGAACUUGUACUUUACUGAGAACGAUGCUCCCAGACCCUGGGGCGUGCCUUUCUCGGGCAAAGGGCGGAGGCCCUGGCUGUGCCCCCGCGUGUUUCCGCCGCAGGACGCCGGCGUCCGCCCGCCUGGCGGGAGCGGGGCUGCUGCUGGCCUUUCUCGGCGCGCUCGGCUGCGCCGGGCGGGCCCCAGGUUUGAGCAUGGCAGAAGGCGACACCCUGAUAUCAGUGGAUUAUGAAGUUUUUGGGAAGGUCCAAGGGGUGUUUUUCCGCAAGUAUACUCAGGCUGAGGGUAAAAAGCUGGGAUUGGUAGGCUGGGUCCAGAACACUGACCAGGGCACAGUGCAAGGACAAUUGCAAGGUCCCAUCUCCAAGGUGCGUCAUAUGCAGGAAUGGCUUGAAACAAGAGGAAGUCCCAAAUCACACAUCGACAAAGCAAACUUCAACAAUGAGAAAGUCAUCUUAAAGUUGGAUUACUCAGACUUCCAAAUUGUAAAAUAAUGGUCUCAAUUUAAACAUCUCAUUGGUUUGGUUUUUAUUGUUAAUAGAGAUAGAACUAUUGUGUGUUAAUAUUAGCAUUAGUCAAUAAGUUAUUUUAAUGACAGAUAUUUGAAUGUUAUUAUAUUACCUAUAUGAUAGAAGGAUUACAACUGUACACAAAUCUAAUUAAUAAAAACGUUAGAACCUUCUGCUUAGAGUACUUUUAAAAAA